AGACAUCUGGUGAUAGUGCAGUGCUCCGACCUAGCACAGCCUUGACUGCGGGCUUCAAGAGCUGCUACAUCAUCAGGCUGAGGAACAUCACCCCAAUACCCACCAGUGUCAAGUGGCAGCCGCCUAUCGAAAAUGAAGCCAUACUGAAGACAACGUUUGUGCCAAACGACUUAGAUCUUAAUGGACAUUCUUCUGCAGAAAUCCAGGUAGUGAUAGAAGGUAUGAAGGUUUGCUCUCGUCGGCUCUAUACUUACAGCGCUUUAGUGACCCACGCAUACAAACCUACGUAUCUUGUAAUUGAUGCUGCUGUUAAGGGUCUCGAGGUGGUGCUGGAUAUUCCACUAGGUGACAAAGUGGUGGCUGAAACGAUGCUAACCAUAAAACUUAUGCAGAAAGAAGAAACGGAGCAGCAAUCGCCGCAGACACCUAAAGAUAUUUUCGAGUUGGAGGAUGAGAAACGCAGAGUACAGAAUGAAAACAUCUGCAACUGUCGCUACAAAAUGGUGUACAUCCCGCCGGUUAAGGAAGUCAAGAGACCCAGCUCUGAUCCUGAAGACGAUGUGUCUGCAGUUGAAAUCAUUACGGAACCACCGCCGUUCACACGCGUCUGCCCGUGCGCGAACAAGACGAAGCCAGUAUUGCCAGAGCUGACGGAACCCUACUGCCUUCAGUUCAAAGGUGUUCAAAUAAGGACAGUAAGAACAAGAACGAUUAAUAUUCGAAAUGUUUCGUCGUUGUCCGCCAAAAUAUCGACUGCUGUGAGGAAAUGGCCCCGAAUACAUAAUAGGACCCUUAAUGCAGACAAAUGGGCUGGCGACGUCAAGGACCCGGGAGUAGUGAUAGAGUGCCAGGCGUCCCGGUCGGUUCUGGAGCCAUGCGGGGAACUACAGGUGACAGUCAGCGUAUAUGCAGACUGCUGGGGACUCUACUACGAUCAGAUCCUGCUUAAGAACACCUGGAGCCGCUCGUUCUAGACGUCUGGAUCGAGGUGGUAGGAGCGCCGCUGAGACUACUGUCCAGAACUGAUGGCAACGGGAACAGAGAACCUCCUGUAUUGUGGAUGACCCGCUCGGAUCCGAAGAGGUCGGUUCUGGUGUCAAAUACAUCGCGUGCCAAUCUAGAACUCUAUACGUAUAUCGUCACUGAGAAUGAUUCUCCGCAAGAUAAGCUGCCGUUCCGCCUUUAUCUUCGUUUUUACGAUGUACGGCCGCCAAUCUGUCCCUGCGUCACAGCAUAUGAGUCUGAUUCGUAUCGGGAGAGUUCAGCCAGCUCGAGCGUGGUGGAAGAUGUGGAGACUGGAGUGGAGCUAUUCCUGGGAGCAGACUGUGGCCAGCAGGACUACUCGUACUACAAGGUGGAACCUUCAGAGCUGAUGCUGGAGCGGGGCUGCACCACCAAACUAAAGGUCACCUUAGAGUCGUCUGAAGAGUACAUACCAGCUGCCGGAGUCAUCAUACGAGCUGUGCCGGUCGAUAAAGCUGGGCCAUGCUGGUGCCGCCCGGGUGUGCCUGCACAGUUUUUAAGCUUGGUCCAGGUCAACAGAGUGCCCAAGUUGGAAGUAUCAUGCUCUCGAGUCUACAUAAAGCUGUCAGCGUUGGAACUACCAAUGAACGAUGUUCUGAGAACACGCAAGAAGCUGUUCAUCCAGAACACCGGCUCCGCGAGUCUGGAAGCUAAGCUGGUGACGGAAGCUCCGUGGAGCGUGGUGGUGCCACAGAAACAGUGCCACAUGCGGUGCCUGGAGAAGGUGCCAGGAGCUGAUGUUAUGGGACUCAAUUUGCCGCCCGCGAGUUCUGCAGAGGUAUCUAUGGAGGUGUCUGUCAUCACGAAGGAGGUCUGGCCAAAGCCUGGGCAGGUUUAUGCCAAGAGGCGUUCUACGACAUCCUACCUGAGAUGCUUUAACAAACAGCAAGUCUUGUUAAUGUCGAUACCGUUAAUGCUGGAAAUCGAGUUCCCCAUCAUCAGCACACAGCCGUCUGUGAUAGAUUUUGGCUUCGUGAUGGACGGAGACACCAGGAAGACAUACUUCACUGUCAUGCACUCCAGCACUUCAGAUAUAAUAGAAGUGUUGGUGCAACGGAGCGGUGAUGAAGGCUUCACACACUGGCCGCGGAGGCUGGUGAUGACUUCUGGAUGCCGUCGCAGAGUCUACGUCCAGUACACUGCCAGGUGGAAGCACGCGCCGUCGGAGUGCUCGCUGAGGGUGCAGGUGUCGGGGGGAGCCGGCACCUGGUGCGCCUGCUCGCUGUCUGCGCGUGCGCAGUCCUCGAUCGACCGCGCAACGCGGCUGCCGGUCCACGAUUACACCGACGACACCAAGAUACUGCCUCCCAUGUAGACAUAUUGUAUAGAUACACAGAUAAUUGCACUGCGCACUGUUUUACCGAAAUUAGAUUGUAAUCCUUGUAACACGGUUGAUAUUGGCAUAUAUUUACUAUGAAAUCUGAAUUUCUGAGCCUGUAACAUCUGCUAAAACAAAAAAAAAAUUAUCGAUUAGUUAAGCAAAUCCAAUAGAUAUUUUAUUGCUCUGUGUCCGCACGAAAUACAAUAAAUACACUGUGAAUGCUACCAGAAGGGACCAUGCUACAUCGCGUUCACGUAUAGCAAUUUUAUGUAGCGACCUACAAAAGUUGCUAAGCUAAAAAUUAAAAGCGAAUUCGAAACUGCUGAAACGAUGGGUUUAAAAUGUAUGUAAUGUAAUCUUGGAAGCAAAGAUGGCGGACGAUAAAAAAUUCAGAUAGUUUCUAAUUAAUAUUUCAAAUGAUGAUGAGUGUUGAUAUUAUUUAGAGAGAAAUUGUCGAAUAUAAUCCGUUACUUAGAGAGACUUUAAUUUGGUGUACUUAUCUAUGUUGUUUCUAAGAGAAUUAGUUUAUCAGAGGAUAUUUAUGGAUACAUAAUAUAGAAUUGGCGUCCGAUAACAUAUUAUGAUCAUUUAAAUUACUACAGACCAUUUGCAACCAAUACUAAUUAAUAUAAACAAACACAAAAUGAAUAUUUAGUGUAAAUUAUAAUAAAUGGUGUAAAUCAAUAUUUUGUUCAGUUAAACAAAU